AUGGUGGUGGUCAUCCAUGGAGGGGCGCUAGUUGCCGAAGAAGGGCCAUGCUACAAGGCUCAGCGAGGUAGGCGGCGCGCAGGAAGAGCAGCUGCAACAGCACAGGGUCGCUGCAGACACAGGAGGAGGAAGGCCAUGGCAGAGGAGGGGCUUGUGCACGGGAGGGAGCAGCAAGGCGGCGCUGGAGGGAGGAGGCGCUGGACUUGGGCUCCGGCGGGAGGGAGGAGGAGGCACCAGAGCACGGCGGACGAGCGGGAGGUUCGCGGGGUCUCGGGCUCGGCAUGCAGAGGAGGCAAUGGCGCGGAGGAUGUAGGAGGGAAGGAUGAGGCAUGA